AUGGCUUCACCAGCAGCUUCAAUGGUAGCUCAUCAAGGGGGUGGCGGUCCCAUUCAAGCUGCGGUGGACCAUUAUGUGACAUUAUGCGAGAAUCAAAGUGCUACAAAUGUUGUCACGAUGUUAUCGAAGGAUAAGACAGGGGAUAUGCCACAACUUCGUCUACGUGCAACUCAAGCAACGAAGGACAUGAUGCAAGAUAUUGAAGUUAAUAUAUCGCACGGCUUCAUGAUGCGACUGACUACAGAGCGGAGGAAUACACCAUCUUCGAAUCAAAAAGGCGCUCUAGGUCAUUUGCCUAUCACGUAUGAAACUGCUACGCAUACGGCGCAGACAUCGAAGCGACAAUUCGGGAUUCGAGCUCGCGCAGAGACUGGGAUAGUCAUCGAUGAAGGUUCAGAGGACGAAGCGAUGAGCUUCAAAACUUCGAAUAAGAAGCGCAGAUACGAGGAGACUACAUCGAUGAACCACUCGAUAUCAAGUUCGAGCAAACGACACCGCCAAACCGAGCGUAUGAUCAAACGCAUUGAGGACAUCGACGAGGCCUUCAUAUUCGAAUACACUUACAAGACUUCACUACUUUGGAUCUUAUAUUGCAAACAGUGUCAUUUCAAUAUGACUGGAGGCACUUUGAAGCAGGCUGAAAAGUACAAUAAGAGUAAAAAGGUUGGAGCCAAAGAAGGGCUAGAGUGCCAACCGCGGCGGGAAGAUGUACCCAGCUACGACCCCCUGAGUUCAGUGAGCAACCUCGAAGUUUUCGCGUUGCCUACUUCCUAUGAACUAUUGCCAGAAAGCGUGUCGCGCAACCUGAAAGCGAGAUCACGACGGGAGAAGGCGCAAGACCCCCUCAGCAAGUCUUCAAGUCCACCGCCACCUAAUCGACCAUCUGAGCCCCCCUCAAGCACUCGAUACACAAGACGACAAUGUCAACACGGAGAUCCAUUUUGCAAACUUGCUGCGACAAUCUCCAUCAGCGCGAAUCGCAUACCCCUUCGACUCUUUCGACAUACGAGAGCCUCGAAGAUUCAGUCGCCUUCGCAGGCUUCAACAACAGGAGCUACAAAACGUCCGACCUCUCUUUCAAGGGUACUGACUCUCGCCCAGAUAGCUCUCACUGAGACAGCCCCUAUCGUGAGUCCUCCUAUCAGAAUCCCGUACCCAGCCCCUCGCACUCUCACCCUUCCAUUCCCAACGGGUCCCGCAUGGACAAAGUCUCAGAGUCACAAAUCAGAGACACGCGAUGCAACACAGAGACCAGUUCACGUCCACAAGUCAGCAGCACCAGGAGGGCGGACAGCUGGCGGCCUAGUGUCAUGGAGGUAUGUCCCGGAGUGA